GAAGAUAAUAUUCAAAACCCCUAUCCAAAUAAAUCAGACAAAGAAUGCAUGGCACUUGAGGGAGGGAUUACAGAAAAUCAGGUAAAAGUCCUUCUCAUAUUUGUGUUAGCUGAAAAUGAAUUGGGAUAACUAGUGUGCAGCUUUUAUGUUUCAGAAGAAUCUUUCUAAAACAUCCAUAAGUUUUGUUUUAACAUAAUUUCUUAAUUUACUUAACAUCUUAAACAUUCUAUUCGCCCAAACCUAUGCAAGAAUAUUUAGUAUCACAAAUAUCUUAAGUUAAUUUCCGAACCUUAAUCUCACUCUAAAAUAAGAUGCAGUUGCGUAAUAAUAUAUUAUGUGGUGGUUAUCCACAAAUUAGAUACACAAGUUUCCUACAAAGCCUGAUAAAAUAAAAUAAUACCUAAGUAAUGUAUGAAUGAACCCUGUCCUUAAAGUUCUCAAAACAACUACUACUUUUCCUAACACUUUUUCUUUCCACAUAAUGUUCAGGUGAAAUCUUGGUUUGCUAACAAGCGUAACCGUUCAAAUAACACCAAACCAAAGUUGCAAAAGCGUGUCAUGGAACAGAAGUUACGUGAGCUCUUCCAAGAUCUGAAACACAGUCACCGUAACCCUUCGGCAGACAAUACACACAUCAUACAACAGCUGUCUGGAAUUAUAAAACGCUGCCGCUCAAAGGAACAAGAAUAACAUUGUUG